AUGGAUGACGUUAAAGGUCUUCCAGCCCCACGUCUUCUCAUUGAUGUUGUCUCUAAAACGGCCGGAGAUAUCCCUUCGAAGAUAUGGGGUUCAAUUGCUCGAAAUCCAAUGGAUGCCGUGGAUGGCUAUGAUGAUAUCAGCUUUUCCCGACCAGCCACGGCAGUUGAUCGUGCAGCCUUCUGGAUUCGAGACCACAUCGGUAAAGGGAUAUCCGAGGCACAAAGCAAAUUUGAGACUCUCGCAUAUCUGGGUCCUCCUGAUUCACGAUAUAUCAUCCUCGCCCUUGCCGCAGUCAAAGCUGGCUUCCAAAUGCUAUUUCUGUCAACCCGGAACAGUGAUGAAGCCCAGUAUGCAGUGAUGAACGAAGCUGGUUGUCAGAAGAUGGUCUGCUCUAAAUCGAUGAAGGAUAGAGUUCAGAGCCUUCUAGCUGCUAGGCCCAGUAACAACGGUCCAACUUCGAUUUUUGUGGUUGCUGAACAAGAAGAAUUGUUGGAAGAUACUCCAGUCCCUGAAUUCCCGUACCACAAAACCGUCGAAACUGCAAGAUUUGACCCGUUGGUAUCUCUCCACACAUCCAGGUUAGCUAAUUUAGGACUUGCAUACCCUGAUAUAUUUAUUCAGGCUAACUCACGGUCCUCCUCUAGCACUACGGGAAUUCCAAAAUUAGUGAGGUUCAAUCAGGGCUACGGUUUCCACGAAGAUAUUUUACAAUAUUACCCGAAACAUGGCGAUUGGGAUAUACUAACGCGGAAGCCAUUUUACGGCCAAUGUCGUCUCUUUCUGGCUUUUCCACUCUUCCAUGCCGGAGGAGUGCUCCUUGGUCUGCUGAAAUCUCUUUACCACGACAUCAUGAUGGUAUUCCAACCCCAGGGCGUCCCUCUCAGUGGCACUGUUGUGGACAGUAUUAUACACCAUGAUUCGUGCAAUUUGGGUGGUCCAAUGUCGAAGGCUACUGGCGAUGCUUUGAUCGCUCGACAACCGAAUUGUCACCAUUAUAUUGGCAGCACAGAGAUAGGUUUGUUACCUCUUCUUGAGCUCCAUGACCCUAUUCAGGAUUGGCAGUAUUUCCACUUCCACCCGUGGAGUGGAGUGGAGAUGCGACCAGUGGGUGGUGGAUUGAACCUCUACUCACCGCACCCAACAAAGACCAAUCACUGGCGACCCGUUGGCCGAGCCGACGAUGUCCUUGUUCUCUCAAAUGGGGAAAAGCUAAAUCCCGUAGACAUGGAAAGUGCUCUAACAACACGUCAUCCGGCAAUUACAGGCGCUCUCGUGAAUGGCCAAGGCAAAUUCCAGCCUGGGUUACUUUUGGAAAUCACUGGGGUAGAUAUGCAUGGGGAAACCGAGAAAAGAAAACUGGUGGAUGAGAUCUGGCCAUUUGUAGCAGAAGCCAACAAGAAAGCACCCAAGCAUGGACAACUGACAAAGUCUCUGGUCCUGUUCUCUUCCCCCGAGAAACCGUUUCUUCGAACUCCUAAAUACAGUAUUCGGCGACAACCGACAAUUGCUCUGUACGCUGAUAAAAUUGAGAAAAUGUUUCUCCGAGUGGAGGAGAACCCAUCGGAAAUGGGUAAUGAUGAUGUGCCACCUGGUAUUGAUUUACGAAUGCCUGAAUCCGUCACGCCCUUUAUUGAGCAGCUUGUUCUACGGGUCACAGGCUGGAGUUUUCCAAUAGACCCUGAUUCGGACCUUUUUAUGCUUGGUUUGGACUCCCUGCAUGUCUUACGCAUGGCUCGUGCGAUGCAGUUUGCGUUGUUAAAUCUGUCUAUCCGAAAGCAGGUUGAUGCCAAAGUAAUUUAUGGAAGCCCGUCCAUAACAGCUCUAUCAACUAUGUUGAAAACCAUCCUCUACCAGUCAUCAUCAGGAUCUGAGGUAGAAGAUGAGAAACUGACAAGGGAGGAAAGGAUACAAAAGAUCAUCAAUAGAUGGGUUUGGACCACUCCGCCACGGAAGCUGGCUGGUGGGGACUGCCACAAAAGCUCUUACUGGACGGUCGCCCUGACAGGCUCGACCGGAUCCCUCGGAACCUUUCUUUUGAGUGCCCUAAUUGGCCAUCCGCGAAUUGAAAAAGUGAUCUGUAUCAAUCGGUCUGCCAUCGCGGCCCAGAAGUGGGAGGAAUUUGACCUCGCCCAAGAGAGGAAGGCGCGCAAGCAAUGCCCGGUAACCUUUUAUCAGACUAAUAACAUUGGCGCUGAAUUUUUUGGACUUCCUGAGGAAGUAUAUGAGAGUCUCAGGCUGGAAGUGACCCACGUAAUCCACAACGCGUGGCCCGUCAACUUCAACCUGUCACUGGAGUCUUACGAGGAAAUCCACAUUGCUGGGGUGCGACGUUUAAUUGACUUCAGCUCCGAAUCUACGAAGGGAACCAAGAUUUGCUUCGUUUCCAGUCUAUCUUCAGUCAGAUCACGAGACGGUUUGAUCCCAGAAAAUGUUAUUCCUAAUCUAUCUGCACCAGCGCAUAUGGGCUAUGGGGAAUCUAAAUUUGUAGCAGAGAUGCUCCUAGAGAUGGCCACAGUCAGCUCCAACGGUGCAGUUCCAUCGACUAUACUCCGAAUUGGUCAAAUAGCGGGCCCUAUUGGACAAUCUCGUGCGGCAUGGAAUGCUCAGGAGUGGUUCCCCAGCAUUCUCACUACUUCCAAGAGCCUAGGCGUUCUGCCGAUAACGCUUGGUGGCAUGGAAAGCAUGAACUGGAUCCCUGUUGAUAUUCUCGCUCAAGUGAUCAUCGAGAUUCUUGACUCAGAAGAGAAGGAUGAAGUUGCAACCAGUUCUCGGGUCUAUCACCUCACCAAUCCUGUUUCUUCAAUGUGGAAUCGAUAUGCUCUGCCAGUGGUGCGGCGUCUUCUAAAUAUCAGCCGCGCAGAACCAUUGUCGAAGUGGAUUGAUUGUGUUGCUACAGGACCAGAGCCCGAUGACCCUCAUACACCAAACCCUGCACGCAAAAUCCUUGGGUUCUAUAGGAGCUUGCUGGCCAGUGAAUCCAAUUAUGAAUGCGUGAAAGCCCCACAGAAGAGUUUGACUCUGAAGGAACUGGGCUCCGUGAGACCUGAAUGGAUAAGGAAAUGGUUGGAGGACCUGAAGUUGGUUUAAUCAUCCGAAAAUAAGCCAAACUGUCGGGCUUUGCCGAAGAUAGACACAAGAGACAGCAUUAUGCCUGAAAUUCGGACAACGCAGCAUGCUCUAGUUCAGGCCAUUUGAUACUUGGUGACAGAUGGUCCGUAUCUGAAACAGAUGUGAAUCGGAAUGAAAAC